AUGGAGGCAGCAGUGGUGAGCGUGUCGCGGGGCGCCAUAGGCUUCGUGAUUGCGAAGCUUGGCAAUCUGCUCGCCGGCAAGUACAAGCUGCUCAAGGGAGCCAAAGGAGAGAUCAUGUUCCUUAAAGCUGAGCUCGAGAGUAUGCGAGCAUUCCUGGAGAGGAUGUCGGAGGCGGAGGAGGAGCCCAACAAGCAAGCCAAGUUAUGGGCGAAGGAGGUGUGUGAUUUGUCCUAUGACAUCGAGGAUAGUGUUGACGAGUUCAUAGUCCUGGUGGAAUGUGAGUCCGACUGCGAGCCGCAUGGAUUUAAGGGAUUCAUUCAGAGGAGCAUGAACUUGUUGACGACGAUGAACACUCGGCAUAGGGUCGCGAAGGAGUUCCGAGGCCUCAAGGGCCAUGUCAUGGAGGUGAGCGAGCGACGCAUGAGGUACAAGAUUGAUGAUGCUGUCUCAAAGCAAAACAAGACAACCAUAGACCUUCGCCUCCUGGCACUCUACGCAGACACUGCGGGCCUUGUGGGUAUCGACGGGCCGAGGGAUGAAUUAAUUCGGCUGAUGGCGAGUGAAGAGGGUAGUCCUGCGCAACUGACAAAGGUCCUCUCCAUAGUUGGAUUCGGAGGGCUUGGUAAGACUACACUUGCGAACCAGAUUUACCACAGGCUAAAGUGGCAGUACCAGUGUCAAGCUUUCGUUUCUGUGUCCCAGAAACCAAACAUAAGAAUGAUUUUGAGAAGAAUGCUCUCUCAAGUCCAUGGAGUGCCAGAGGGAACCAACAUGGAAAUAUGGGCUGAGGAGGAACUGAUCAGUGAACUCAGAGAAUUCCUUAUAGAUAAGAGGUACUAA